GCGGCAGAGGGGAGCGGAGCCCGCGGGGGCAGGGACGACGCCGCCGCCGCGCUGCACGGACCAGCGGCGCCGCGAGAGGCGGCUCCCGAUCUCCGUCCGGGUCCCGGCUUCGACUUCGGCUUCGGCCCCGUCCCGGCGAGCGCGGAGCGGUUCGGCCGCCGGCAGCGGGCUCGGUGCAGCGGGCAGCGCUCCGCACCGCGCGGCGCUGCGCUGGGCGCCCCGGGCGGCGGGCGCGGGGCACCAUGAUGAGCAACUACCCGGACGGCGAGGAGGACACGGUGGCGCUGCUGGCUCAUGACACCGGCGGCAGCAAGGAGCCGGAUCGGGGCAAGGAGGAGCUGAGCGCGGACAAGGGCCCCGAGAAGCCGGACCCCUCGCAGAAGCCCCCCUAUUCCUACGUGGCCCUGAUCGCCAUGGCCAUUCGGGAGAGUGCGGAGAAGAGGCUUACGCUGUCCGGGAUCUACCAGUACAUCAUCAGCAAGUUCCCUUUCUACGAAAAGAACAAGAAAGGCUGGCAGAACAGCAUCCGCCACAACCUCAGCCUCAACGAGUGCUUCAUCAAGGUGCCCCGGGAGGGCGGCGGCGAGCGCAAGGGCAACUACUGGACCCUGGACCCCGCCUGCGAGGACAUGUUCGAGAAGGGCAACUACCGCAGAAGACGAAGGAUGAAACGGCCUUUCCGGCCGCCUCCGACCCACUUCCAGCCUGGCAAGACCCUCUUCGGCCCCGACAGCUACGGCUACCUGUCCCCGCCCAAGUACUUGCAGUCCACCUUCAUGAACAACUCGUGGCCGCUGGCGCAGCCCCCCGCGCCCAUGCCCUACACGUCCUGCCAGAUGUCUGGUGGGAACGUCAGCCCUGUCAAUGUGAAAGGACUCUCGGGCCCGGCGUCCUACAGCCCCUACUCGCGGGUGCAGAGCAUGGCGCUGCCCAGCAUGGUGAACUCCUACAACGGCGUGGGCCACCACCACCACCACCACCCGCACGCCCACCACCCCCAGCAGCUCAGCCCGGCCAGCCCCGCGCCGCCCGCGGCCCCGGCGGCAAACGGAGCCGGCCUCCAGUUUGCCUGCGCCCGUCAGCCCGCCGAGCUGUCCAUGAUGCACUGUUCUUACUGGGAGCACGACAGCAAACACAGCGCCCUGCACUCCCGCAUAGACAUCUAGGGAGGCUCCGUCACAGCCAUGCACCGGCCCCGCUGCCCCUCUCCUGCCCCGCCGCGUUCCCCUGCGCUCCGAGUCUCUCCUCCUCGUCUCUAGUCACGGACUUCCCUCUCUCUGUGCCCAAACUCUAGCGGUGGGGAAAUAGCAGCUUUGUCCGCGCGUAGUGUCAGUGUAGGACCGUCCCUCCGUGAGAAGAAAGCAGUUAUGUCGGUCUCAACAUCACAGCCGCCCUUCUGGAAAAGUCUUACAGGAUUCAGGCAGAGGGAAACCAACACAGAAGUGACUCGGAAAGCAUGAUGGCAAAUGAUUAAUCAAAUCAGAGACAGGAAGGCGGAGUGGCCAUUUUCGAUGACACGAGGCAGCACGGGGUGAAUGCGGAGACGGGGUGGCCCCGAGCCGCGGGCUGGCCCUCGAGGGACGUGUCACUGACAACUGACGGGCAUCUGGCGUUUGGCUGGGGCAGGGGAAGGAAAACCGCGGGGCUUCAGGAAAUAGGCCCUGGGAGAGGACAAGGUGUUUCUUUUAACAAGAUUUUCAGAAAAAAAAAAAAAUCAGGCACAUGUUGACCUGCCCUUCCUCUGCUCCUGGCUUUGGAGAUGAUAUCCCUUGGUGCUUAUCAGCCUCAACGUCUGAGGCAUCUGGUGACUCAGCAGCCGGAUGAGGCACAGGAGCUUUGUCUGAGUAAAGGCUACUGGGUGUGCUCUGAGGCUGCAAUAGGUGAAUUGAUCAUUUCUGGGACUUUGUUGGGAUGAAUCAGAACACCUUCAAAGCAGUGGCAGCACCUGUGACGGGUGUCAGCAAGGCUGAUGGUGAUGAAGAUGCAUCAUGGUCUUGAUGCUGCUCAAACCCUCCCACCCUGCUAGCCCUGAGCAGGAGCUGCAUGGGAGGGCUCCUUUUUCACCCAUGAAAGCGCAGCCCCAGUCAGCACUGUGAGCUCUCAUUUGUUACAUUUAAAGAGUAUUUUUAGCAGCGUGGAGAAAAUCUCUGCAUGUUUCAAAGUAUCAAUGCUGUUACAUAACCCAAAAUUACUUGACAGCUGAGAAAGCAAAAGCUCCGGGUACCCAAAUGCAGGUCUGCUCCCUAAGUGUUCACAUGUGCCAGUCAGUACGUGAGCCACAGAAACAUAUGGCUCUUGUGUCAAAUACACGGAAUCAACUUGAAUUAUGAAGACUUUGAAAAGGUCCUCAGUUUAAAUGUACAUGGCUCUCUGAAAUGUCCAGCUAGGUUUAAUGCAACAAUUAAAACCAGAUAGAUUGUCAGGAUUCAUAGAGCAGGGGUAGAAUUAAUUCAGUACGAAAGAACUGAAUGACUGGGAAGAAGGCAGAAGAGCAGAAGCAGCAGGAAAAGAGCAAGAAUGAGUGGAGGGAUGAAAUGCUAAUAUGGGGGGAGUAGGGAGAGUGAGGAAUGGAAGGGGGAAGAAAGGAGAGAAAUUAAAGAAAAAAAUGAAGUGGGUUAUGAGAUAGGAAAGAGAAGGACAGCAUCAAGAAAAAUAAUGACAUUUAAUUGUGUAAUCUGUCAGCUUUGACUUCAAAAGAACUAAGCCUGCAGCAUAAAGGUUGCUACUUACAUAUUGAAAGUAUGUGGGACGGGUUUGGGUUUUUUCAUGGAUAUAUUUAUAUUUAUAUUUAUAUUUAUAUUUAUAUUUAUAUUUAUAUUUAUAUUUAUAUUUAUAUUUGCGUGUGUGUUCAUGUAAUUAUAUACAUAAAAUGACACAGAAAUUUCAGUCUUCCCGGGGAUCUCCCACUGUUCCCCAUACUAUCAGUUUUCCCACCCUGCCACAUGUCCAGCAGCAGUAAUGCCCUUUUCCAUGCCAUGCUGUGAGCCAGGGCUUUCUGUUUCAGUUUGCUGUUUGUUUCUGUCCUGCCCUCCAAGAGCUGGAAAUGGGGGCUCUGGCAGCCCCUAACUUCAGGGAUGUCCACUGGGGUAGCACAGCUGUUUGCAAUUGCUGUUUCCUCUUGUUGAUACUCAUGGCAACAUUGUCAUUUUGCAUUGACUAAUCCAAAAUACAUCAAAUGUUUCAUUGUUGAAUUGGUUUUAAUUGAAUUGGUGCCAUUGGUUUUGCCUUAUCUGUUCCUGUGCAUGCAAGCUGCUAGUAAAAUAGCACAACUUUUCAUGCUUUUAGGGUUAAAAGAGUCAUUGAGUGGUAUUGAAACUACCUAUCUGAUGUUCUCCCCAAGGUAUGAGGAAGGUCAGACUCCUUUGGCUUUAUCCCACACAUUGGAGAGCUUCCUCUUUUCCGUAGGUAUCCUCAGGUCCUCCGUGAUUGUGUUUACCCCUCAUCCCUCCAGGGAGGGUACCUUUUUGAGGAGUCCAAGGAUUUUGUAGUUCAGUGAUGGAUACUUUAUUUCCUGGUGCUGUUGGAAGUGGCAUUUCAGCAUUUUGUCAGCGACCUGUGUCCUUCAUUCCCAUGCCCUGUCACAGCUGGCAUUGUUCACCUUUUCCAGGGUAUAAAGUGUUCUAGCUCAGGCAUGGACCCCAGGUUCAUUAACACUACAUGGUCAAUCUGUAAUUUUUCAAAACCAAAAAGGCCUCUGGCCAAUUCUGGAUGUCUUUUCUGCUGUUUUGUAUAAAAAGUCUGAGCUAAAUUUUUCUGUUCUCCCUUA